CACAGCGAAAAAUUACACGGGCAUUAGUCCUCAUGGACGUUGCUGACGAGUAAGAGGAGCCGUGAAGAAGAUCAACGCUGCGAUUGUACAAUGCUGUCGCUGACGAGAGUGUAUACACCGGUGCUGAGACACUGUGCUAAGGCUGUUUCGAGACGGUCCGCCGUGGUGUGUCUAGGCGGAGCUGCUGGUGCCCGCUACAUCUCCAGCGAGGCUCCUAAGGAAGUGUUCACCAACAUCAACGACGAGUCUGAUCCGAACAGGGACGCCAUCUUCAAGUACACCUGGGGCACGUGGUUGAAGGACGACGCUGGUGAGAAGAAGAAGAGAUUCACCAAGUUCUCGUUGGUUGGGUUGCAGUCUGUGCUCAAGGAGCUUGUUGAGGAUGCAAAGACACACGCCGACGGUGUCGUUGUUCCACCAAAGACACACGACAGAAACUUCAUCUCUCUGCCACACAACGUGUCUGUGAAGGCCACUGGGACGCUGAACCCGAACGAGGAGCUGGUGAUCAAGCAGCUGGUGUCUAUUCAUGAGGGUAAGCACCAUAGAAUCUACAAAGUGGAGACGAACACGGGCAACAGCUUUGUGCUGAGAGUCCCAUACCCACUGGACUCCGAGUACGCCAUCACCAAGCGUGUUCAGAGCGAGGUUGCCACCAUGGACUUUGUCGACUUGAAGCUGGGUAUCAAGGUGCCAAAGGUGUACGCCUACGGUGCUGACCAGGCGAACCCUGUUGGCUCACCAUUCAUCAUUAUGGAGUUCAUUGAAGGCGAAACGCUUAUGAAGAAGUGGGCUCCAAUGACGCCACACUCCGAGCCAAAGAACAAGGAGAUUGUCGGGCUGGUGAUCAACCCGUUGUCGGAGUUCCAGUCCAAAUUGGCGGAGGUUGAGUUCAACAAGUUUGGUUCCUUGUACUUCUCAGUCGACGCGAAGGACAAAGCCAUGGUGACGGAACCAUAUGACGGCGAGACUGAUGAAAAGUUGCAAGGACGUUGGUUCAUCGGUGCAAGCACCGAGAGAGUGUUCUGGAGAGGAAAGCGUUUGCUCAGAAAGAGCCAGUUCGAGAGCUUGGUUGGUCCUUGGGACGCUGACAAGCCACUGGACAUCGUCAAGGCUGUUGCUGAUAUUGAGCUUGAGAAUGCCAGAACCAAGCUCUCUCUCAUCCAGGCCGAUGCUGCUGGGGUCAAGGAGUCAGAGACAGACUUGAAGAACCAAAUUGAAACGUUUACUCACUUGCAAACCCUGGCUCCCGUGUUGAUCGACACCAAGACACCAAGUGUCAAGAACGUCGGAGCAUUGUUUGCUCCAAGAUUGGCACACACUGACAUCGAUCCUUUGAACGUUCUUGUCAAUGGCGAGGAGUUCACUUUCCUCGAUUUUGAAGCUGCUACGAUCAAGCCAAUCAUGUUCCAGUCCACUCCAAGAUUCGUCGCAUACGAAGACGGCCCAAAGAUUUACGAGUUUGAAAUAGAUGAAGAGAAGUACAACGCACUUGAUGAAGCUGACAAGUACUACUACGACUUUGCAGUCGCACGUACCAGAAACGAGGUUCUGUGGGACCUGGGCCUGGGUAACACUUUCUCCAAGUUGGGAUCAGAGGGAUCUCCAGUGCUCAAGAGAUUGCGUGGUCCAUUGAUCGAGGCGCAAGAGAGAAGAACCUCUCUCGAGACUCCUCUCCUUGACAGAAAGAUUUACGAGUUGUCGAUCCAGUGGCCUCAGUUCUACGAGCACAAGUUCGUGCCAGUACAGGAGUUCCCAGUGGAGCUCAACGCUGAAACUUUCGAACAGCACACCAAGCAGUUGGAAAACUACUACAAGGUGCUAGGUACUGUUCCAUUCGCCGUCACUGGUGGCUGGGUUCCACAGGACUUGUUUGAUUCUUUGAAGUCUCAAGGAGUUAUCAAGGAGUUGGAAAAUGGAGAUUAUGAAAUCAUCCAAGAACAGACCUCUGCCUAAGCUGUUUGCUUCGAUGAUUUCCCUCGUUGUGCUUGUUGUUGCUUUCUUGUAAAUAGAGAUCUCUCCCUGUUUAAUUAUUCCUUUGUAGCCAUGAAAGCAUCCC